AUGUCUAAUAAGCCUCGAGAAAGCAUUGAACAAUAUAACAAUGUUAGUGGAUUAUUUCGAAAUCGACUUGCUUCCUUAUCAUCUGGAAUCUUGACCAAUAGACUAUGGCUUAAAUCAAAAGCAACUGAUGCAUGUGAUUUACUAAUCACGUUUCCAUCUCGUAUUGAUGAAUAUAAAAUCAUAUGGUUUCUAGAACAAUUGUUAAAGUUAGAACCGGACAUUCGAAUCAGUGUUAAAUAUCAUUUUACAACUGGUGUGUAUGGAUUUUACAUAACAUUUACGUAUGCAAAACUGCUGAAAGGUGCUGAAUUACUUCAGUUGGAAAAGCCGAUAAAAGCUCAGUUUGGAGGCGGUUUUAAACCCUUUAUAUUUCAAGAGAUGGAAGUUUAUGAACAAGUUGAGAAUGAAACAUUUUUUACAUCCCCAGAACGCCAGUCAAUCGGUAUUUAUCUAUUGCAUGAAAUUAAAAUUCGCGAAAGACAACAAGAACAAGAUGAUAUCGUUCAUAUCCUGAACAGUAUACUUAACAUUUUAUGGGGAACAUGUUUUGUUGUCUUAUGGAGACGAAAACAAGCUGAAUUAGCCCAUGGUUGGAAUACAUUAGACUUAGAUGAUAAUCUUCUUGAAAGUCCUCGUCCAACAUUCAAAGGAGAAUAUCGAUUAUCACCUAUAACUAACAAAUAUGAACCCUAUUAUCCACAUUGGAAACGUAUUGUAUUCCGUUGUUUUGUUACGAUUCCCGUAUUAACAUCAAACAUAUUAUUAAUUACUGUGUGUAUGUUGUUCAUAUUUCGCCUUCAAAGUUGGAUUGAUCACAAUAUUAAAAUUGGUAAUCUACCACGUACGUAUAUAGUACUCUCAAAGAAGAAGUUAACAUUGGCAUAUUUUAUUUUUUGUCUAAAAACGGCUCCGUAA